CAGAAAAUUAGAAGACUGCAUUGCGUUGAAAAUGCUCCCCUCACUUGUUACCGUUAUUGCAAUCCUCCAGCUGGCGACAGCCACCAACGUCAGCCCACCGAUCCUCUACUCCCGCCACGCAUUACCAGAUGGGUCUCUCGAGAAACGCGAAACCUGCGCAGAUGGAGCCCAGUGUCUCCUUGGGUCAUGCUGCGGCGACGGAUGCGCCUUGAACUGCUGCGCGUUGGACAAUGGCGGCUUGGGCUGCGGAAUCGCAGAACGGUGCCAGUUCCACGGGAAUGUCUUUGUGGGUUGUUGCGGGAAUUUCCUGGGCGGCUGCACGGGCGAGGCGACACGAGUCACGGUCCACACGCCUUACUCGACUGUUACACUUGGCGCGUCGACGGAUGCGAUGACUACGAGUACGGCUACUACCACAACGGAGGAGACGUUUACGGCGAUUUCGGUUACCCCGACUGCGACUGCCACAGCUACCGCGACCGGGUCAACAAGCUCAACCACGACGACGUCGAGUGAGAGUGAGAUGGGAAGUAGCUCGCAUUCUCAUCGUGCGUCCGCGUCAAGCACGAGUGUAGAUGCCGAGACCACUAGUAGCAGCCACCGUAGUUCCACGACGACAGCGGUGUUCACGCAGGCUUCGCCGUCGCCGAAUAAUGGCGGGGGUCUGGCGUGGGUGUGGGAGUACCCGUUCUGGCUGGGAUGGCUGCGUUGGGUGCUGUUCUGGUGUGAGAUGAGUCGAUCGAAGACCGGGAGAGUAUAUCUUAGAUCUAUAUAUACCUAGUGGAUAAUAAUGUUUACCCCGCAU